AUGGCCAUUACCAGAGAUGCCGAGCAGGAUGCGCACUUUGACCCCUCCGCCUGUGUGGAGGUCUGCCGAGCGCGGUAUCCCAACGUUCGGCCUGCAGAGAUUGUCGCAGCCGUGCAUGGGCCACGUUGCGGCUGCCAUGUGGGGACGCUUCCCGAGACCUUCUCGGAAGUCGAUAGUACCUAUUGCACCUACCAGUGCAAGUUUUACGAGAACCCCAUUUGCGGGGGACCGCCGUCCUUCUGGGGCGUGUUCGUGCAGUACGACUUCCAGGCCUUUUCUUCCCAUGGUGCCUAUGAUCCCUGGCGGAAGAUUUGGUACACGAUUGCCGUCGUGAGGGAGGCGACCAUCAUUGGCGCAGAGGCCUGGAAUCCAGACUUGCAGUUAGACCCUGAGCGGUAUUACCUCCACGCUGCUUCGGUGCAGACGGGACAAGCUGCGUUGGAGGCCCAGGUAGCAGAGCACGUCUCAGUCAUGAACAACGCUCUGCAGACUGAACUGCCUGAGGAGCCAAUAGAAUCUCCUGAGCAGUUUCGGGAUCGAAUGCGAGCAGUGCAGAAGGACUUUCCUGAGCGCGAGCACGACUUUGGCUUCUGUCGGCGGGAAGCGCUGAUGAGGAUGACAGGAGAUGCCAUGUUGGCGGAGCGUGUCUUCGUGGCUUGGCACAAGGCGAGGAAUGAGCCGACGCUCUUUGACGGCGCCGAGGAGAUGCUACGGAGGAAAGACUUGAUCGACUUUCAUGUGAACUCAGUUGAGGCGGGCGCUCCAAAGCCGGACCUGCGGAUGUUCAAACUUUGCGAGGCCAAAUCAGGCUGCUUGCCCAAUCAGUUGGUCAUGGUUGGCGACAACGUUGGGAAAGACAUUCGAGGCGCUCAGGCUGCAGGCGCUGACAGCUGA